AUGACUACUGGUGACACUGUUAGAGUUUGCGCCGCUGUGAUCAUGUGCCCCAUCAAGUACCAUGUGCUGGUACUCUGUUUGAUACUUGUAGGGAGUUAUGCUUUAAAUUGUCGAUCAAACGGAGGCCCUAAAGAGGCAGAACUGAAAAAUAUUUAUAAAAAAUGUCUGAAGAUGCAAGAAGGAAAGAAUUCGAGCAAAGGAAACUCAGCACAAGACUGGAAGGAACCACGCGUUCAAAUACAAAGAAAUGAUUGGGAACGAGGUCGUGUGGGAAGUAAAGAAAACAAGAACAGUAGAGAUGAUAGUAGAAUGGGUAGUAAAGAUAAGAAAGGGGAUGGUGGUAUGAGGGAUAGCAGAAAUGACAUGAUGGGCCGAAGAGAUGACAUGAUGACCAGGGGAGAUGAUAGAAAUGAUGAUAGGAAACAUAGAACUGACGACAGAAUGGGUGGUAGCAACGACAGAUCAGGGAACAGAGGUAGAAUGGGCAACAAAAAUAAUAGGAACGACAUGAAUGGAGGGCGUGAUGAAAGAUUUGGAAGGGAGGACUAUUUCAAUGGAAGAGAAGACUUUCCACAAAGUGACGAAUAUGGAAGUUUUACUGUCCAGGAGCUGUAUCAACACACUUUCUACCUUAAAAUUUGGUUUUACCAGGACUUAGGUCAAUACAACAACAACUACUACUCCACAACACAGGCCUCCAGGAGGUACAAAAGGGAACGACGUCCUAGUAACUCGGGACAAAGGAGUCAGUACAAUCCAAAUAGCCACAAAAUCUCAGGAUAUGAAGAUAAUUUCCGUUCAGAUGAGAGAAACACUACGGAAAAUAAUUCUAGCAAAGAGACAGACAAUAAAUCUUGUGCUUUACACUGCUUCUUGGAGAAUCUGGAGAUGACAGGGGAGGACGGUAUGCCGGACAGAUAUCUGGUGACUCAUGCCAUCACGAAAGAUGUAAAGAAUGAAGACCUGAGGGAUUUCCUCCAGGAGUCCAUUGAAGAGUGCUUCCAGAUCCUGGAUAAUGAAAACACAGAAGACAAAUGCGAAUUUUCGAAGAACUUGCUGAUUUGUCUGUCGGAGAAGGGGAGAGCCAACUGUGACGAUUGGAAGGAUGACCUGACGUUUUAA